AUAUAUUGAAUGUAUUGCAUACUGAGGAAAUAACUCUGGAACCAUUCAAAAUUCCAGUCGCCAAGUUCAACAAAACUGUCAUAAAAUAAUUCCAAAAAAUACCGACCGAUUUAAGAGGUUUUACAAAUGAAGCGUGUUUUCUGUAUAAGUGGUGGACGAGGUGGUGGCGGGGUACAAUAUGCAUGGCAGAAAUCCCUGGGAAACUACAUUGCCACUUCAAGCAAUGACAAUUUAGUAAAGAUUUACGACAGACAUGGAGACCUUAAACAAGAAAUACAACUGCAAGGACCGUGUACAGGACUUGGCUGGGAUAAAGAUGGUGAUAUCUUGGCAAUUAUCAAUGAAAGAAAUACAAACAUCACCAUGUGGGAUGCUAACACAGGCAAAACAUCCUCUAUGGAUAGUGGACUUAGAGAUCCUUUAUCAUUCUUGCUUUGGGCAAAGGCUGGACCAUAUCUAGCUGUCGGAACUGUGAAGGGUAACCUUCUCAUCUAUAAUCAUCAAACAUCCAGAAAAAUUCCAAUAAUUGGCAAGCAUUCAAGAAAGAUCACAUGUGGAUCGUGGAGUAAUGAGAACUUGUUAGCACUUGGCAGUGAAGAUAAGACCAUAACUAUUAGUAAUGCAGAGGGUGACACCCUACGCCAGACGUCCACCAGGGCAGAGCCUGGAGAUAUACAGUUCUCAGAGAUGAAAGGAGACGAGCGCUCGUCUAUGGGUGAAAACACUGUUAGUGUGGUGAUUGGAAAGAGAACAUUGUUUCUAUACAACAUGCAUGACUCAGAGAACCCUGUCGAGUUAGCGUUCCAGCAGAAAUACGGCAACAUUAUGUCCUAUAGAUGGUAUGGAGAUGGGUAUAUUAUGAUUGGAUUUUCCCACGGAUUCUUUGUAGUCAUCUCCACUCACAUGAAGGAAAUUGGUCAGGAGUUAUUCCAGGCACGUAAUCACAAAGACAACCUCA